AUGUUGAUUGAUUUUUGCUGUAGUUAUAUAGCAGGGACCCACGGAAGAGAGCGAGCGCCUUCUUUCACAGGGACUUUUGUCAGCCACGUCUCCGGGGAAAACAAUUGCCGUCCGCGUCGCAGUGAGAUUACGCAGCCGUGCGCUUCAGGGACAGAAAAGAAGCAUUUCGCGGCUACGGAGAAACCGUGCACUAACUCUCUCGAGGGUAGCCGCAAAGAUUUCUUGUCUCUUCCAUUAGGACAUAGCUAUCUUUUUCUUUUCUGUUUUUGGCGUAUGAUCUGUUCUGAGCCAAAGUUAUAG